AUGGAACAGUUGAAUGAGAUCGGCCAGCUGUUGCUGGUACGAUCACAAGAGACGUUGCAACGUUUAGACGGGUGCAUAGAUAAGCAGCGAAGAUUGUAUGAGUGUCGGAAUGUGAGCGAGAAAGCCUCGGAAGAUUCCAGGAAUAACCUCGAGCAUCAUUACACGUAUUUGGGCCAGCUCAAUGCACUUUAUUUCAAAACUCAGAGCCUGAAGAGCGGUGGGUGUAGCAUUGACGCGAGUGACGAGGGUCUCUCGUUCGCCGCUCAAAGUGUGAUUGCCGAGUUCGAGCGCCUAACAAGAGAUUUGCAGGAAAGAACAAGUCUCACGGUGGAUAUUGAUGCUUCUCCCCGCUCCACUCUUUCCUUUCAGCCCAAACCACUCAAAAUUAUACAGCGCAAGCUGGCACAGCGGGCGCCCUCGCCAAUUGAAACCACAUCAUUUCGUGCCUGUUCGUACCCAGAUAAAAGUUGCAAAAGCAUAAGCAGCACUCCUGACAGCUUUUACUACAACCAUCACAUAUCAGCACCAAAUUCUUGUAAGUCGAGUCCGGCACGCUCUAUAGCCGAGAGAUUGGAGCCAAGGUUCAUAAGGGGUGCUAUAUCUUGUGAUGCCGGCCUUAACAGACAGACUAACCCUCACGAAAAUAGGCUCAGCUUUUUCAGAGACCGACAAAGACUAUCAAUAUCGUUCAUUGAGGAUGAUGAAUACUCAUCAGAUGAGGAGACAGUCAUAUCGCCAAGCCCAGUGGCAACACCUUUUUUGAAAAGCAAUACACGCGCAGGUUCGAGUUCGUUGCGAAAAAUGAUGCUGAAAGAAUCACCGCCCUCUCGACAAUCAUUCAAACUUGAGGAGCCCCAAAAUCAUACUUCUCAUCUUCCGCAUUUAUUACCUAAAAAUCUCACCAUGGCGCAGUGCGAUCUUACAUCUAUCAAUUAUCGGCCAGUGGGUUCCACCGAAUCUUCAGUUAACAAAAUAAAUGAUUCCAGAAGAUUGUUAGCCAAGCUUGCAGCAUCAGAAUCAAAGAAGAAAACCAAAAACUGGUUUAGUGACACUCAAAGUUCUGGUCUUUCGUUCCUUAAGUCAAUCAAAAGUUUCAACAACCAAGUGCUGGUCACUCCGGAAACAGGCUUUGAAACGAACGAUGGGCCCAAGGCAACAAGGGUGUUGAGACAGGCGCGACCGUUGUUGCAAACUACACGACCAUCGCGAGCGUCUGGUACCAUCGUGAUUCACGGUUCCAGUGGGUCAAGAUUCAUUACAGCACCCCGAGAGACUGAACUUCACUUCAAGAUAUCGCACGACGCACUGCGAGAGGCCCUAAAUACUGAGUUAAACUGUCAAUAA